AUUGGAACUAAUAAACUUUUAUUUCACAUGUUGCCAACAUCGAAACACUGCAGACGUUUUAGAUUGGCUGAAAGAAAAUAAGUGAAUGUAACGGUUUUUGCGACCUCAGUUGAGGUACAGUUCUCUAACGAUUAAGUUCAUUUUUAUUUGGCGCAUUUCUAAAUGGAUGCCAUUGAAUCCCUGAGGUAUCUGAAGAAUCGUGGUUUCAGAAGAAAGUACAAGAUGUUCAGAAUCCCUUACGUAGGCGAUAUAAUGAAAGUGAACACCUCAUUCAUUAUAUUUUGGAUUGCGGUAAUCCUGAACGUAUAUGACUUAAUAGUAUUUUGCAAGAGUCAAAGGAUUUUCGCAUUCAUAAUCGUAUUGAUGAUGACCAUGACAGCCCAAGUGUAUUUACCAUCCGAAUACAUGCUGAAGUCUUUUAUGAUAUCAACUGUCACUUUUGCACUUAUUCUACAAAUGAGACAGACAGGCCGAGGUGGAUUUUCUGUAGUGAUGCCUCUGUUCCGCACGAUCGUCUAA